AUGCCUAUCAAUCAACCCUCCAACCAAAUAAAAUUCACAAACGUCUCCGUCGUCAGGCUGAAAAAAGGCAAAAAGCGCUUUGAACUAGCAUGCUACAAAAAUAAACUCCUCGAAUACCGCUCCGGCGCCGAAAAAGACCUCGACAAUGUCCUCCAAGUCCCCACUGUCUUCCUCUCCGUCUCAAAAGCUCAAACUGCGCCAUCCGCCGAACUAACCAAGGCGUUUGGGACCAAUGUCACCGGCGACGAAAUUAGGCAAGAGAUUCUCCGCAAGGGAGAAGUUCAAGUUGGAGAGCGCGAGCGCAAGGAGAUCGCCGAGCGUGUGGAGAAGGAGGUGCUAGAUAUUGUUUCUGGGCGGUUGAUUGACCCGACAACAAAGAGAGUUUAUACGCCCGGUAUGAUUUCUAAGGCCUUGGAUCAGCUGAGCUCGGCGAGUGGGCAGUUGCAGCAGCAGCAGCAGCAACAACAACAACAGGGACAGGCUGGGGAGGACGGAGCAGGUGGUGACGAUGCGGGGGCGGGGCAAGCUGCGCAGCCGCGGAAACCGUUGUGGACGGGCGUCAAUCCGAAUAAAUCGGCAAAGAGUUUGGCUCUUGAGGCGAUGAAGGCAUUGAUUGCGUGGCAGCCUAUUCCGGUCAUGCGAGCGCGCAUGCGACUCAGAGUAUCAUGCCCUGUAUCGCUGUUAAAGCAGAGCGUCAAGUCUGCGGCACCGGCAGCUGCGAAUAAGGAGAAGGAGGCUCCAUCUGGGGGUGGUUCAAAGAACAACAAGAAGGGCGGAAAGGGAAAGUCGAAACGACGCGGCGAUGACUCUGAGUCCGAAGGAGAGGCCACACCCCCACCGCCGAAAGGACCUAGCAACGUCAAGGAUAAGAUUUUAAGUUAUAUCGAAUCCGUCGAGUCCCAGGAAAUUGCCAGCGAUGAGUGGGAAGUAGUAGGGUUUGCGGAACCGGGUGCUUUCAAAGGACUGAACGAGUUCGUCGGCAACGAGACUCGGGGCAGAGGACGAGUUGAGGUUUUGGAUAUGGCUGUGACUCACGAAGAUUAA